AUGUCGAGAUGCGGGGAAUGCAAAGAGAAAAUGUUUGGUGGUGAUGGUGCACAAUGCUCAUCGUGCAAGCUGAUAUAUCACUUUCAUACAUAUACAAACAUAGGGAUCACGGAAGGGGGCUUGCGUAAACUGAGUGACCGGAAAUCUACAUGGCGAUGUCCAAAAUGCAAGACAGGAGGUCAACAGCCGGGUACAGCUACACUGUCACCUCUGCCUGAAGCAACAUUAAGGGAAGAGGUAAAAUCUCUUACCGCUCGAAUGUCAGCCUUUGAGGAACUAGAGAACGAGGUAAAAUUUAUGAGAGAGGGAUUCUCAGGCCUUAAAACCACGGUGAUUGAAGCCAGCAAUACUAUUAAGGAGUUUGGAUUCCGACUACUUAACAUAGAAAAUAGGUUAUUAGACAUAGAAAAAAGCAAAGAAGCAAUGAAAACCCUAGAGAACAGAGUUGGGUUGCUUGAAAAAGACAGGGAUUUCGCAGAGCAAUGGCAUCGAAUGAAUAAUGCAGAAGUAAAAGGAAUACCACAGUCAGUUAAUGAGAACCUGCUUGACCUGGUAAUAAGCAUUGGUUCGAAAGUAAAUUAUCAUAUAAUAAAGCGACAGCUUAACUUUGUAGCCCGCACUCCAUCUCGAGACUCGAACAGCCCGAAGUCCAUAAUUGCGAGUUUCAAUAAUAGAUACGCCAAGGAGGACUUUGUGGCUGCCGUCAGAACCUUCAACAAAGAUGGCUUACUAACCCCAAAUAUCUUGGGUUUACGUGGGUCAAGGAAAAUUUAUGUGAACACCUUACUUCAAAAAACUCUACUCUUUUAA